AUGGCCCUCUGUUGCUGCCCACCUUGCUGUGAGCCAUGUUGCUGCAAGACCACCUGCUGCAAAACCACCUGCUUCCAGCCCUGCUGCUGUGAAUCCAGCUGCCCUGAGUCCAUCUGCUGUCAGCCUUGCUGUCCCCCAUGUUGCUGCAGCAUACCAUGCUGCCAGCCCUGCUGCUGUGUGCCCACCUGCUGUGAUACCACCAGCUACAAGACUACCUGUUGCAAGCCAACCUGUGUGAACAUCUAUUGCAGCGCACCCUGCUGCCAGCCCUGCUGCUGCCAACCAUGCUGUUGUGUGCCCACCUGCUGCCAGCACUGUUGCUGUGUGCCCACCUGCUGCCAGCCCUGCUGCUGUGUGCCCACCUGCUGUGAAAACACCUGCUGUGAAUCCACCUGUUGCAAGGCCACCUGUUGCAAGCCAACCUGUGUGACCAUCAGCUGCAGCACACCCUGCUGCCAACCCUGCUGCUGCUGA